GAGAUGAAGGAGAUAGAAAAGGAGAUGAAAGAGAAGGAGAUAGAGCAGGAGAAGGUGGAAAAGGAGAGGGACGAGAUGAAAAAGAUAUAAAAGAAGAUGAAGGAGAUGGAAAAGGAGCAAAGGGAGAUGAAGGAGAUGAAGGAGUUGGAAAAGGAACAAAGGGAGAUGAAGGAGAAGAAGGAAAUGGAGAUGAAGGAGAUAGAAAAGGAGAUGAAAGAGAAGGAGAUAGAGCAGGAGAAGGUGGAAAAGGAGAGGGAAGAGAUGAAGGAGAUAUAAAAGAAAAUGAGGAGAUGGAAAAGGAGCAAAGGGAAAUGAAGGAGAUGAAGGAAAUGAAGG